GCCGAAGGGGAAGGGGCCGGGGAAGGGAACAAGCAGACUUCCCUCCGCUCCUCCGGCUCCCGCCGAGGCCGCGGCCCCGCGGGGGAGGCGCCGUCCCUGCCCCGCCACAGGUGCAACCGGAGCCCGAAGCGCCGCGUCCUCCCGGAGACCCCGCACCGAGCCGAGAUGCCCCGACAGUUUCCAAAGCUGAACAUCUCGGAGGUUGACGAGCACGUGCGACUUCUGGCAGAGAAGGUCUUUGCUAAAGUUCUGCGGGAAGAAGACAGCAAAGAUGCACUGUCACUCUUCACUGUGCCUGAGGACUGCCCUAUUGGGCAGAAGGAGGCCAAGGAAAGGGAACUGCAGAAGGAACUGGCAGAACAGCAGUCCCUGGAAACAGCUAAGAGGAAGAAAAGUUUCAAGAUGAUUCGAUCCCAGUCUUUGUCAUUACAAAUUCCAUCUCAGGAAUGGAAAGCACCACCGGCCAAUCCUGUCCUGUCUCCAGCAACACCAGUUCUUCCAAGUGCUUUUGUGCCAGUCCAAGUGCCAUAUGAUGUACCAGAAUUCCAGAGAGUUUCAAUUAGUGGGGACUACUGUGCAGGGGUGACAGUUGAUGACUAUGAACAAGCUGCCAAGAGCCUGGUGAAAGCUCUUCUCAUUCGAGAAAAGUAUUCCCGCCUUGCCUACCAUCGCUUCCCGAGGACAACCUCUCAGUACCUGUGCAGCAUGAGGGAUGAAAAAUGGAAGGUUGAAGAUGAAGUGUGUCCAGAUUUCCAUUCACCCCCAGAAGAAAAUGAAGAUCCUUACAAUCUUGAUGAUGCUCCAGACAACUUGGAUUAUGUUAUCAAGCUGAAAGGUGGCAUUCCCUUUGUUUAUGAUAACAAGGAAAUGAUGGAACUCAAUGAGCCUCGGAGUUUGCCGUAUCCCGACCUGGAGACCUACACCCUUGACUUGAGCCACGUUCUUGCUCUGAUUGCAGAUGGUCCAACAAAAACAUAUUGUCACCGGAGGCUUAACUUUUUAGAGUCUAAAUUUAGUUUACAUGAGAUGUUAAAUGAAAUGUCAGAAUUUAAAGAACUAAAGAGUAAUCCCCAUCGAGACUUUUAUAACGUGAGAAAGGUUGAUACUCAUAUCCACGCUGCUGCUUGCAUGAACCAGAAGCACUUACUGAGGUUUAUUAAGCACACCUAUCAAACGGAGCCUGACAGGAUUGUUGCAGAGAAAAAAGGCAGGAAGAUGACUUUAAAGCAAGUCUUUGAAAGCCUUCACAUGGACCCCUAUGACCUCACUGUGGACUCUUUAGAUGUCCAUGCAGGUCGUCAAACAUUUCAUCGAUUUGACAAAUUCAAUUCCAAGUACAAUCCAGUUGGUGCCAGUGAGCUGAGGGACUUGUAUUUGAAAACUGAGAACUAUAUUGGUGGUGAAUAUUUUGCUCGUAUGGUCAAGGAAGUAGCCCGUGAACUAGAAGAAAGUAAGUACCAGUAUACAGAACCCCGCUUAUCCAUUUAUGGACGGUCUCCAGAUGAAUGGCUGAACUUGGCAAAAUGGUUCAUUAAGCAUAAAGUUUAUUCCCCUAAUAUGCGCUGGAUAAUUCAGGUUCCCAGAAUCUAUGACAUAUUUAGGUCUAAAAAUAUUCUGCCUAGUUUUGGGAAGAUGUUGGAGAACAUCUUUUUACCUUUGUUUGAAGCAACAAUCAAUCCCAAAGACCACAAAGAAUUGCACCUAUUCCUUAAAUAUGUGACUGGCUUUGACAGUGUUGAUGAUGAAUCCAAACACAGUGGCCAUAUGUUCUCUGACAAGAGCCUUAACCCUGACCUCUGGACCAGUGAGAAGAAUCCCCCAUAUAGCUAUUAUUUGUAUUAUAUGUAUGUGAACAUCAUGUUGCUAAACAACCUUAGGAGGGAAAGAGGCAUGUGCACUUUCCUGUUUCGCCCUCACUGUGGAGAAGCUGGGUCUAUCACACACCUUGUGUCAGCCUUCCUGACUGCAGACAACAUCUCCCACGGAUUGCUCUUGAAGAAGAGUCCUGUCCUCCAGUACCUUUAUUAUCUUGCACAAAUACCCAUUGCCAUGUCUCCACUUAGUAACAACAGCCUAUUCCUGGAGUACUCCAAAAAUCCACUAAGGGAAUUUCUCCAUAAGGGACUGCAUGUCUCUCUCUCCACAGAUGAUCCGAUGCAGUUUCAUUACACAAAGGAAGCUCUCAUGGAAGAAUAUGCCAUUGCAGCCCAGGUGUGGAAACUGAGUACCUGUGACUUGUGUGAGAUAGCCAGAAACAGCGUCCUACAGAGUGGCUUGUCAGAUAAGGAAAAACAGAAGUUCUUAGGGGUGAAUUAUUGUAAAGAAGGGCCUGAGGGAAACGACAUUCGAAAGACAAAUGUUGCACAGAUCCGGAUGGCCUUCAGGUACGAGACACUGUGCAAUGAACUCAGUUUCCUGUCAGAUGCCAUGAGAACAGAAGAGAUUUCUACUCUGUCAAAGUAGCUAUGAACUCAGAGAAACCAGAACAUUUCACCCCUACGCAGGAUAAGAUGCUAAUUAACAUCAAAUCAUCUGUCUUUGAUGCUACCAGGACAGAACUGAGCAGUACAGAGAAAAAAGAGAGUAUCUGUGGAAGGUAAUCAGCGUUUGCUGCCGUCUUUUCCUGCAUUAUUCUCAUUGCAAAGACUUCAAUUUCCAGGAACAUUAGGCUUUUUAAAAUUGCUGUAAAUAUUAAAUGCAAACUUAGAAUCAUGUAAUAUUUGUUUCAUACUGUCUUAACUGUGCCCUGCAUUGUAGCUUGGGAAACAAGAGAGAACAUCCAUAGUGCAUCUGUGACAUGCACCUGAGGAUGCCACAGAUGCUGACAGUACACACACACCUGGCUUUGUCCUGCAAGCCAAUCAUGGCAUUUAGCACUCCUAAGUUUAACCCUUUAUUCAUUAACAGUUUGUAUGGGGGUGCAUAAUUUUAAGGCUACCUUUUCGUUCUGGACGGUGUUCUGACACAGUUUUUAACUUAAUGUUUCAGCAGUUAUAUUGGAAAACAAGGAAAACCAAAAUCGGGUAAUCUUGUUCGGUGACUAAUUAAUUAAUUCCUGUUAUGUAGGAUGUCAGUGAAGAACAACAGAUAAAUGCUUUUUAAUCUAGCAAGUACAAAACAUGGUGUCAAAAUCACUAUUGUACACUGUAAUGAGCCUAAUUAUAUCAUGACAAAUUUUGCCUUGAAAGUUGACAACACUUUUUUUAUUGCUUUGUAAUGGGAAUAUGUGGAUAUGCCAGUUCAAAUUACUUAUGCAGAUAAUUUUGGUUGCGUGUAAAGGGAAAUUUUUUACUUGAAAAAAGGAAGUGUUCUUAUGAAUCAGUGGUAGAAACGCCAGACCUGGGUUCUGGUCCUACUUCUGACAUAUUUUUACACAUUUGUUUUAGUCUGUAUUUUAGUCGAUCAGAGCUGAACGGGAAGUCAAGCUGUCUAUUUAUACAGAAGUUAUUCCACUUGAAAUCUGUCGUUUCAAAUCAUGUCAUGUUAAACUAUUUAUUUGUGAUGGAGCAGUUAGUAAAAUACAGCUAUUGGAAAAUUUAUCACU